AUGGAGUGUAACUGGACACCGUACCAGUUUGACCGAGUAGUCAUAUUGGAAAUAUGGUUACAUUUUUAUGAACAAAGAAUAGAUGCAUUUCAAUACAAAAUUGAGAUGUCUUCCACGUAUCCCAUUGCACAAAAUUAUCCUCAUCUUUGGGGGAUAAAUAUAUUCAUCUUAAUAUGGAUGUUAUAUGAGUACAAUGUGUAUAAUAGUUGGCGGGAAAUACUACAAAAUAACCAGAACCGACCUGAUCUUAUGCAGUUAAUGUCAUCUUCGAGUGAAUCUACAGGUUUACGCGUUUAUAUUGUGGAGGAACAUCAUGAAGUUAUUCCCUACUGGUUUUCUGCUGCUAAAUCGUUUGGGAAUAAAAAAGCUGUUUUGGUUCAUAUUGAUGCUCACAGUGAUAUGGAUUAUCCAGAAGUAGUUGACAACUUUCCAAUUAAUCGAUUUCCUUGUUCUAAUGAAGAAAUUGAAACGUUGAUGCAAGCAAAUGAUGAAUUUAUUCAGAGUGCAAUAAUUGCAAAUCUAAUUCAAAGUGUAUACAUUAUUUAUCCAUAUUGGACAUUUAACACUAGUUAUGCUUACACAUCAAGUUUAGGCAUCAUAUCAAUAAAUGAUACUCAACAAGUUUGUAUGUGCCUUGAAAUUGAUGAUAAUAAUGAAGAUGAUGAUGAACAGAACUGUAAAACACGUCGACAAGACAACAGUUUAACUGAUAUAUUCCUAUCCAUUGAUAAAUGCUCAAAAACAUGGAUAUAUCAUUACGCUGAAUUAAAUUCACGUACAGCUUCAAAUAUAUUACGUUAUUCAAAAAAUUGGUCAUUGAAUAAACUGUUAAAUAUGUCUGAUUUUGUAUCAUCACCUAAUACUAUUCCAUCACCCCAUGUUCAUCGAACACAACAACAUCAUCAUCAUCAUCAUCCAUUAAUACUUGAUAUUGAUGAAGAUUUUUUCGGUGUACAUCUUGUUACACGUAGUCUACUUAAAACAGGUUUAACAAUAAAUUUUAUAUAUACAUUAAAUAAUCUUAUAUCAUCUAUAUUUUGUCCAUUAUCAAAUAUAAAUGAAUUGGACAUUGAUCAAAUAUUUCGUUGGCUACUUGAAAAAGUCUACCUUCAUUCAAAUUAUUAUUCAAGGUCAUCACCAAUUCAAGGUUAUACAUUGAAUAAAAUUGUAACAAAAACCAAUAAAAAUCUUCAUAUAAAUGAUUUAUUCUGUUAUAAUUAUUUAUUGAAUUUACAAAAAUUAAAUGAAUUAUUUAUAAAUAAUUCAAUUACUCAUAGACAAUUUAAUGCAAUAACACGUGUAGGUGUCUGCUUUACAAAUUCAUUAUUAACCCAUCAGUAUAUACCAGAAAUACAUUUAUGCAUAGGUCAUAAUAUACCGAAUGCAUCAUUAGUUGAAGAAUUUAUACCGACAUCAAAUGAUUUAUUACAAUUAGGAGUACAAUUUACACAAAUUCUUUUAUCAAUCCCUUAUCAACCGAAUGUGAUUAGUAUAUCACGUUCAUCACGUGAUGGUUAUACACCAAGAUGGUUACAGUAUAAUAUUGAAACACUUAUAUUGAAUAUAUUGAAAAGAGUAUUCAAUUUAACUGAUGAAAAUAUUAUUUUUACUAAAUAUUUAGCUGGUGAUAAAUAUCAAGGUUGGUAUCGACGUUUUUCAUGGACAAAUGAAGAAGAAUAA